GAAUGUAAUUCAACACGUGAGCCGGGAACAUAAAUCAUAAUCCGCCUGUGUAUAAGAAAAAUCUUGUGACCCAAUGUUCUAUGCUACAGACAGAUAAUGCGGCUAUCAAUACAAGUUCUGUCAAUACUAUUCAUAUUCCGCUUGUCUUACACUAGCUGCAACGAUGUUUCUAGCGAAAAAUGGCCAUCAGUGGGCAUAUCUGUGCUGGUUCGCAAUAAAGAGCACACAUUGCCCUAUUUCCUGAGUUGUCUGACGGAAUUGGACUAUCCAAAGGACAGGCUGUACAUUUGGAUAUACAGUGAUUUCAAUGAAGAUGGCAGCAUAGGUAUUCUGGAAGAAUGGGCAGCUAGAUACAAGUCUGACUACAAUGAUAUAGUAAUAACGGCCAAUAAAACUAGUGGGCCUCGUCACGAAGAUGAGAAGAAUGCCGUACAUUGGAGCCCUAAGCAUUUCAAGCAUGUUAUACGGCUAAGAGAGGAAGCAUUGAGUUAUGCUAGGAAAAAAUGGGCAGACUUUUUAUUUAUGCUGGAUGCUGAUGUGUUUCUCACAGAAAAGCAGACUCUCAAAAGUCUAGUCAGGAAAGAUGUGCCCGUGGUGGCCCCCAUGCUGAUCUCCGACGGCCUCUACUCUAAUUUUUGGUGUGGAAUGAACGAGAACUAUUAUUACGAAAGAACGGAGGACUACAAGCCGAUCUUAACAAGGACCGAGGUUGGAUGCUUCAGUGUCCCCAUGGUGCACUCUGCGGUGCUCGUGUCACUCAGGCGUGAUGUGUCUGACGGCCUCACCUAUGACAAUACGAAGAUAAAGGGCUACGAAGGACCCGAAGAUGAUAUCAUAGCGUUUGCUGUCAACGCGAAAUAUCAUGGCAUCAAUCUAACCGUCUGCAACGACCUCCUGUACGGCUUCGUCCCCGUGCCCCUAGAAGACGGUGACGAGCUAACCCAAGACCAUGAGCAACUCCUCAACGUUAAACUGGAAGCCAUCAGCCGAGGCUCCCCUAUACCUCUACUAGAUACCUUCAAGUCUUUGAUAAAGUACCCGAAACGUUGGAGGUUCGGAUGCGAUGAGGUGUACAUGAUCAAUCUGGAGAGACGGACGGAGAGACGCCGGUUGAUGGAGAUGAGCUUUAAAGAGCUUGGGAUGGAGGUUACGACGGUUAAGGCGGUUGAUGGGAGAAAUCUGGACUUAAACGAUUUGAGACAAUAUUCUGCCACAAUAAUGCCUAACUACAUGGAUCCGUAUCAUAAAAGACCAAUGAAGGCGGGCGAGGUCGGAUGCUUCCUAAGCCACUAUUAUGUCUGGGAAAAGAUAGCGAAGCAACGCCACGGCAUCGCGCUAGUGUUGGAGGACGAUAUCCACUUCGCGCCGUACUUCCGGUACCGCUUCCAACAGCUACUGAGGGAACUCAAACACUUGGACUGGGACCUCGUAUACAUAGGUCGCAAAAUCCUUCAAAGCGACGACGAAGAAUAUGCGACGGAGCACACAGUCCGUCCCCUGUACUCGUACUGGACGCUCGGCUACCUACUGAACGCGCGCGGAGCGGCCAAGCUACUGGCUGCCAGGCCGCUCGAGACCAUGCUGCCCGUGGACGAGUUCCUGCCCAUCAUGUUCGACCAGCACCCCAAUGACACAUGGAAAUCAUACUUCCCCAACCGCAACCUGUUGGCGUACUCUUCGGCGCCUCUCCUGAUACACCCGACACACUACACCGGCGACGAGGGCUACAUCAGCGACACCGAGGACUCCACCGUAUUAGGCGACCACGGUGACAACGGUGACCCCGGUGAGCGCGGUGACCGUGGUGACCGCGGUGACCGCGGGGCCCCUUCCGAGCACGUCAAGAACGAGCUAUGACCGCUGCCCUCUUUCAAAACCAAGAUUCCUAACCAAACGGCUAAUGUAGCCGUGAAAAAGCGACGGAGGCGAACGCUAUGGAAGUAAGGUUAGACAGAUAUUGAUGUGGCUAAGUGAUCUAUACAGAUAACCACUAGAUCACGCAUUAUUCGUUUAUUAGUUUAUUCGUUCUGUUUUGCAGUUAUACUUUAAACUGGCAUAUUCGACAACCGCCCGUCAAAAGGAUUUACGCCCUGCGCUUGACAAAGUACCUACUAAGCCGGGAGCCGCAUCGUUCAACUCGUUAACGUUUGCGACCUAAGUGCGUAUAAAUUCAACGAAAAAAAUCUUAAUAAAUCUGCAUUUGAUUCCUUUUGAAGGUAACAAACACUGGGGACAUUCGACAUAGAUACUCAAUACAUUGUAGAUACUCUGUCCAAUACUUUCCGCUUCAUAACUACUUAUUGAAACACUGAAGCAAAAUUAGGAUAUUAUUAAUAUUAAUCUAUUUCUAUAAUGGUGCCAUUAUAAGUGCCAUAAAGUUACUUUUCUGGUCACAUUACGCCAAACGCAAAAAAUAUGAUAUUAUGAACACUAUGACGCAUUAAAUUAGUAUUAGUACCUAAUGUCAAAUAGGUACAAUUGCUAUAUGUGACGUUCCACGGGAAAAGGUACCUUAUGAGGGUUUCUAGUUUCGGAGAUAUGAAAUGUUUUGUAAAGAGGUGAAAAAAUGCUCAAUUUUUUUUUAUUGUGUGAUCUGAAACCUUAAUGCGUAACGUUUGUUUACCUGUUUUUAUUUUUGUUACAAGUUAGUUAUAAGCCUAGUAAUGUCGUCUCAGAGUUUAGUCGAAAAGGUACCUUAUGGAAAAAAGAUUGAAAAUUCCCAAAAAAACUAGUCAAUACGGGAAAAGAAGUUUGGUAGAGAACUGUAUUAGCAUUCUGCAAAACUAAUUUGAUAAUUUCAGUUCUGGUUGGGGCGCCUAGCAAAUAUUAUAACCGUACAUCGACCGACAUUACAAAUCCAAGUAGCCUGCUAUUAUACCAAAGUUACUCUCGUCAAGUCUUUCUUAACUAGAAUAAUCUUCAUUUGGUUUGGUCGCAUGCAAUAAAUCAGCCAUUGGUUUGCUGAAAAAUGCCAAUACCCGACGCAUUACCUUAUGGAAUAUCUGAGGUCAUUGAACCUCAAUGCCGCUUGUCUUCAAUGGCAACCAAAAUAUAUUAUUGAUAAGAAAUAGACUAUUUAUACCAUCUUUACCCCAAAAUAUUAUUAGUUUAUCCUAACUGUUCCAUCAUCAUCAUGCCUCAUCAUGUAACUUAACCACAAGGUACCUUUUCAUUACAUACAAAUUAUUGGUCUUUUUUAAGAUUAUUAUGACGAAGAACUAAUUAAAUUUGUGGCAGUUUAAUGUAAAUUAAUAUUUUCUAUUCAUAAAAGAUAAACUUCAAUGUGAUUGAUGUUUUGUAGUGAUGUAUUAUUAGAUUUAUUUCCAUAAGGUACCUUUUCGUAAAUGUAUGGAGCAAAUACUGUAAUUGUUAUGUAAGUUUAAAGUGGCAUAAGGGGUUAAAUAUAGUAUUUAGUUGGGGUUUUAGGAUUUAUUUCAUUUGAAUGAUAGAAUUUCUUUCAUAUGUGCUCAGAAAAAUUGAUUGUUUGUUACAUUAAAAGUAAAAAUAUUCAAUUUUCUGAUUUUAUAUGAAAAAGUCAGAAAAUACAUUUUCACCUCUAAAUCGGCAUUGCUUUUUGCUUAAACUGUCUCUCAGUGUCGUUUUCUAAUAGAUACAAUUUAAAUCUUGAGAGCUCAUUGCAAUCAAUCGUGAAAAUGAAAUAAAACUUUAUUUUCAAGAGAUUGGUUAGUAUACACAUAAAUCAGUCGAUAUCAAAGGUUUCUAUUUGCAUUACAGAACAAGUCGCAACAUUUUUUUAAUCUCAGAUAUAUAAGGUAUUAUUAUUUGUAGUCAACUAUGUAACUUACUUCAGGAACAUAGUUUUUUAGGCGGCUAAACUUAAAACUUCUCUAUUGUAAAGUUGCUCAUUUCACAACAUUAUUUUCAAAAAAUCAUAUCUCUGUAACUACGCAACUUAGAAGGUUGAUCUUUUGUGUUAUCGAUAGCUUAUUUAUUGUAGAUUACUGGGGUAUGCAUAACUCCAUACCCGCCAUAAGGUACCUUUGCCCGUGGGACGUCACAUAUAUACUCUACCUCUUGAUAUGUUGUUAUCACUGUCCGAAUUUUAUUUUGUAGGUAGGUCAUAAUUGCAUUUAUUAGAGUUAUUAUAUUUAAGUUUAUUGUCAAUUAGGAAAUAAUUUCAACAUAAUAAUAUAUUAUAUUUUAAAAAGUAUCUUUAAUUAUAUUAUAGAUAUUUUUUAUGUGCCAUAUUAUAUUAGGUAAGCAAAACUUCCUAGAACUUACUAAUUUUUAAGUAAUAAACGUAUCAAAUACUAGGCACUUGUGUUUUAAUCAGAACCAUACUGAUUAUCUGUCAUUUGUGACAUUUAUUUUAAUUUAGUAUUUUUUAGUUUUACAAAUUUUUAGUGGUAUGUGCUGUUGCGAUCAAAAUGGGAAAAACAAUUAUGUCCCCAAAAAAAUACUUCAGAAGGCGAAUCACAAAGAUACUGGUGAUGUUAUGGUCGACAAAAUUAGUUUAGAUAUCAAGGAACACUACCGUGAGCUGACGCGCUGUGUAACCGCGGUAAACAAGAUGGUGGACACGCUGUCCAAUCAGAUGGCCUGGCCGCCCGUCCGCUGUGAACACGAGAGGAGCGAAUUGGAAUGCUGCUACGAAACCCAGGAACGUUCAGGCAACUGCUCUAACGUCGUCAAGAAAUACGUGGAUUGUGUGCGCAAUGUACUCUUCUUGAGAAUUAGAUGCAAUUGAUACUUGUA